GUGACAUGUAUGAUCUAAACAGCAAAAUAUUGAAGUUGUUUGUGGUCUUAAGUGCUGUUAUUCUCACUACCAUUAUGUACGCCUCGUUUCCGACGGCAAAGAUCAGGCCGCAGAAACAUAUGCAUUCCAUGGGAGGCUCUCCGAUGGCCCUUAAUCUUUCGCUAACAGGAAAACUCAACAGCAGCAGCCACAAUCCUGUCAGAUACAUUGGAAAACGUCAACUCACUGAAACAAGAAUCAAACCUGAGCUGAGAGCAUUUCAGGCCGUUUCGGUUGGCUCGGAUAUCAUAGAAAUAUUGCGGAGAAAACUUAAUGAAUACCAAACCAAAUCCAAGAAGAGGCCACGCAAACGAAAAAAGUCCCACAAACCCGUAACCAUUGAGAGCACAUUGAGUGCCAGGAGCAGCUUACAAACAUCAAGGGGUACCUCCCCAUUCCGUGACCAUCCAGUACUUACAGCAAAACUCUAUGAGUCCGGCCAUCUCAACGAAGGAAUUGAUAAGCAUCAGAUAUGCAAACACUGGGGGUCGUAUCCGAAGCUGCUCAUUCUGAUCACCUCGGCAGAGUCCCAUUUGAUGGCGAGAAUGGCCAUCAGAAACACCUGGAUGCACUACGGAAGCAGGCGAGAUGUCGGCAUGGCCUUUGUCCUCGGAAGCACCACAAAUGCGAAGCUGAACGAGGCCCUCAACCAGGAGAACUAUCUUUAUGGCGAUAUGAUACGUGGCCACUUCAUAGACUCUCACAUCAAUCUCACUCUGAAGACGAUCUCGAUGCUUGAAUGGGUAGAUACGCACUGUCCCCGUGUGAAGUACAUCCUUAAGACCGAGGACGACAUGUUCAUCAAUGUUCCCAAACUACUCGACUUCAUGGACGGGCACAAGGAUAAUCGUACGAUCUAUGGUCGCUUGGUUGAACAGAUGACGCCCCACGACGAGUUCCUAUCGUAUGCCAUAGGAGGAGCCUACCUUCUCACUGGAGACAUUGUCCAUGAGUUGUACGUGCAAUCGCUCAAUACGUUUUAUAUGGAACGGGAGGAAGUCUUCAUCACGGGCGUUGUGGCCGAGAGCCUGAAUAUUAGUAGAGUGCAGGCAGACAGCUUUCGCAACAUCCGCAUCACUUUAUUUCCGUGCAGCAUCCGCAAUACGAUCAGCAUCGACAUGAUCGAGCCCCAGGAACAGUACGAACUUUGGAGGAUGUUGCUGGACCCGAAUGUCAAGUGUAAGAAGGUUUUGGUAGAUGCAGAAACAGGCGAAAAGAUGUAAAGUGCUUAAAAAGUGUAUUAAAUUCGUAAAUAGCUGCUAGAAGGAAGUAUAGGAUAGGUAAAUAGGCCGACUUCAUUGACGACUAGAUCUUAAAGUCUUCUAUAUACUAUAAUAAUUGUUGCGAUAUUUAUCGUUAUAUCGAUAAGUUCUCAGGCGGUGCUGACUGUACCCUCUCGCUUGCUUUCCUUCUCUCUCCCAGCUGGGCUUAGCAGUUAAGGGUGGUUUUCAUUUAUUCAAGUCGGCAUGUACUCAAAGAAAGAUUAUCCCUUAUAAGAGCUGCCUAUCUACCAUCUCUCUAGGUGUAACAGGAGUUUAUAGGAAUAAUAGGAAUACCCAUUAAAACCAUGCAUUAUUCAGCUUCCACGUGUCGUUCCACCUUUGCUAGAACACCACGCCCUCGAAC